CAAAAACAAGUUCUUCAACGAUGUUGYUGUUGUUAAUACACUAAACAUUUCUCUCCAUGUCGUCUAAACUGUGGCAGCAUCCUUACGUYAACAUUUUGAAGCAUUUUGGUGUUGGUGAAUGGAAAAAAUGCACCAAAGAAGGGGACGUAAGCGCGUUGAUGGACAAACAAGUCAAAGGAACUAUUUACAGGAUUAGUGGUUCAAUUCCACCUGGUAACUACAUCCAGUUCCCUCGCACAACAUCCCAAACGCUUGGUCUUACAGGACGRUAUCUCUACCUCACCUUUAAACCAAUACCAACCAAGUACUUCGUUGUUCAUAUUGAUGUGGCAGCUCAUGAUGGCUCGGCUGUUAGGAUUUCAUUUUCUAAUCUCUUUAAAGAAUUUAAAUCCACUUCAACAUGGCUACAGUUUCCUUUUGUGUCAAACCCUUCACCAACUUCAGUUGAAGCAAAAACMUCAUCUGAUAUACAGGUUGCAAACCUGGUUGGUAAAGCUCCACAGACAAGCMGAUGGACUCUUCUGGUCCUUGAUUUUCAUUAUAUUUUAUCYGUAUAYCUUAAUCACUCCUUUGCYUAYGUAAAGAACAUUCGUUUAUGYGCAAACAUGUUUCUAAGGGGACUUUUUACUAGUGAUGUUGACUAUCAGCCUGGAUUAAGUUCCUCAGAGGCACGUAAGCUUGGUUUGCUUGCUGAAGGGGUUAUUCCUUUGCCAAAGGAAAUGGCRUUYCCACAACCUAAGGGAUCUGACUGGCAGACUGUGUAUGAYUAUGUGAGGUUCCCACCAGACAAGAUCAAUACACGGCUUGGUAUUAUUACUAGUGUUACAGAGAAAAGAAUUAAGUCUGAAGAGAGUGGAAAUAAGUCACAAGGAAAGCGUGAAAAGCAUUCAWCAUUAAAAAAGGAUACUGUAAAAUCCAAGACGUUUGGUCGCCAUAAGGAAGUUAAGUUAAUCACAGAACCAGUCCAUGUUGAUGAGCCUGUAUCUGAUAGGCAUGUAUAUGCAACUAUUCAUCGCCCAAGUAUUCGUCAAAAAAUCCAUUCACAGCUCAAGGAUUAUUCUUUAAGCCAUCAAAAUGAUAUACCUGUACAAGAGAAAAAAUCCAAGAGUCUAAAGCCAGAUCCUAUUCURUCCUUGAAGAAGAUUGUUGGAUUUGGAGGUGGCACCUAUAGGGAUGGGUUAUGGAACAUAAAUGGUACUCAUGUGGUGUACCCCAGCCAUGCUAUUAUUGUUUCCAUGGAGAUAUCAUCUGGUAAACAAGAUUUCCUGGUAGGACAUACUGAUAAGGUAUCAGCACUGGCCUUUGAUGGCUCUGCUCAUAUCUUGGCAUCUGCUCAAAAAGGAAAGCCGUCAUUGAUUAGAAUAUGGAAAUAUCACAGUCGCAAGUGUAUCUCACUAUUUAGGACCCAAGUAUUUGAUAUUACUUGCUUAAGUCUGUCAUACAGUGGCAAUAUUUUGUGUGCCGUAGGACAUGAUUCUGGUGGAAAGCAGUUGGUAGUGGUAUGGGACACAUCACAGUCAGUCAGGGGUGGUCAAAUCAAUUUACUUGCCAAAGCACACACUGAUGUCSAUAUUAAUCGCAUGAGGAUUGCCGACUUUGAUGACAGCAGAAUGAUAUCUUGUGGAAGAGAAAAUAUCCGUUUUUGGCGACUACGUAAUGGGUCSUUGCGUUCAUGUCCCAUUGAACUAAGACAACACUCUGGGGUAGAAUUUACCGACAUUACUUUUGGUAUCAAGCAUGGUACAAGCACAGUGCCAAGUAAAAUAUUCUGCAGUACAUCCAAUGGAUCCAUUUUUCAAGUUGACUACAGCAAAAUCAUUAUUGAUCGUGUCUACAAGCUUCUUCCYAUUGGCAGUAGUCAUGGUAACCAUCAAGUGUCAAUCAAUGURUURGUUGUCAAUGACUUGUUCUGUGCAACAGGCUCCAGUGAUGGUUACCUGAGGCUGUGGGCAAGUGACUUCUCUAAAGUGUUACUUGAAGCAGAACAUGAAGGCUCCAUAACCUUCGUGAAUGUAUCAAGAGAUGGGRGUCAUAUUCUUGCUGGUACUAACAUGGGAAAUCUUGGUAUACUUAACACCUCUACCAGGUCAUACAAGACAAUAAUGAGAUCACACACCAAUAUCAUAUACUCWAUGAGUAUGGACCCAGGCCAUCGUCGACUGGCAACAGCAUCAGCAGAUCAUACUAUACGUAUAUGGGAUAUGGACACCCUUACRCAGYUAUAUGACUUUCAAGCYCCUGACGAGGAGCCCUGUGUUAUAACAUUUCACCCUAUUGAUGGYUCCUUUGCRUGUGGGUUUACUGAUGGUACAGUUAGAGUCUUUGAUGUACUGGCUACAAGCCUUGUAGCAGAGCACAAGCAACAUAAAGGRAGGGUGACAGGUUUGGUAUUUUCUCCSAAUGGACGUCUUUUGUUUAGUGCUGGGGCUUUGGGUGCCAUUGCCAUGUACUCAGUCAACGAUAAKGACUAUGAAUUAGUACGAAUGCUGCUGGACAUGACACCAAGAAAUAUAGACAUGGGUCCCAAUGCUUUAUCUAUGAGUAUUGACGGCAUGAAGCUAGCAUUUAUUGGUCCUACAGAGUACACAGUAUGUGUGGUUGACGCCAGGUCCUUGGAUGAGGUACUAAGAGUUGAUAUAACAACAAUAGCAAGUCAAGGUUAUAUUGACACCGCUAUUCUAGUAGCAUUCUCUACACCACAACUCAACCACCUAUUGGUAAUGACUUCAUCUAAUAGACUUCUCAAGUUGGAUGCAAGUAAYGGAAUGUUGCUGAGUGAGGUUUCUAAUAUCCAUCGUAAGACUUCAACAUGCCUGGAUACCUCAUCUGAUGGCCGUUACCUAGCAACCAGUGGGGAUAACCUUAUAAAAAUAUGGGACUACCACAUGAGACUGGACAUUAACUUCCAGGUAUUCAUUGGGCAUUCCAAUCCUGUCAAUCAAAUUUUCUUCACCCCAGGGAAUCAUGAAGUUAUAAGUGUGGGUGAAGCUAUACUGAUGUGGCAGUUUAAUGGAAGAACAAACAARCUUCCACCAUCAAGCAAUACAGAUGUUAUAAAUGUCAGUUCUUUGGGGCAUAAAGAUAAAACACCUCAAAGAAAUGCACAGUACCCCAAAGUGUUACCCAACACRUCACAACCACGYGUGAACCCACCAAAACCMACAACCUAUGAACCAAUAGAACUUGACCUGAGUCCUGUUAGAGACACAGAAACCCCYGAGAAAAUAGWAACAGAGAUGCCUCAACCUCUACCAUCAAGACURGAGACUUCAAUGAAACAAGUCAAGGAUAAAGAGAUUAUAACUGUGUCAUUCCAAGAGAGUCCAAAGAAAGCCGAGGUCAGUCUAAUAAGCAACAAGGAUGCAGUAACCAGUGACAAGCCACCAAAUGUAUGCAAACACUACAAGAGUAGAUUAAAUAAGACUUCAGUGCUUGCCAAGUGUAGAUAYACUGCUCCACCAAACCAAGCUGGUCUAAAACUGAAGUCAGUUUUGGGGUAUAAUGGUGAAGGCAGGAARAACAUGAUUUGGAAGUAUGAUACAGGUCUGUUUGCAUACAGUAAUGGUGCCAUUAUAGUCAUAGAAGACCUCCAUUCUGGUAAACAAAGGCACUUGGUUGGUCACACUGAAGAYGUUUCAACUCUUACUGUACAAAAUGACAGCCAGGUACUUGCAUCGGCAUCAGGGUCAUCACCAAGCUCUACCAGUCAGAUUUGUAUUUGGAAAGUCAAAGAUGGUUCUUGUGAUAAGGUAUUAACCUAUCACAAACACGAGGUAAUAAACCUGAGUUAUUCUAGAGACGACCGAUUUCUGAUAUCUGUUGGUGACUACAGAGAGUGCUCUAUAGUGGUAUGGAGUACCGCAAACUAUGAAGUCAUUACCUCAUCGUAUGCAAGCCAACCUAUUCAUGACUUACAGUGGGACCCUUAUAGAGUGAAUGAGUUUGUUACGGUGGGACACAAUGGAUGCAUUGUGUUUUGGUUGCUGGAUGAGUCUUCACUAUCAUUCAACCUGAAUAUGCACGAACCUGAAGUUCCUGGGGAUAUAAUUGUCAAUAAAGCUGAUGAAGCAUCAGGUCAUUUCACUGCUAUUUGCUAUGCUAAUGACUUCAUACUGUACGCAGCAACAUCUGAUGGAUUAGUGUUUGCUUGGGAUACACAGCAAAACAAAUGCUUUAUACACUGGAAGGCUGACAAGACUGAAAUUGAUGUUCUAGUGUUUGGUCAGGAUCACUUAGUGACUGGAGGAUGUUCAAGUGUCCUCAAAAUAUGGUCCGUCAUUGGAGUUAACAGCAUCAGAACACAAGGAGACAAUUACAGGAUAACAAAUGAAAGUCUUGUCAUGGAAGAUGAGAUGAAUAUGGAUGGUGCUAUAAUAUCUGCUUCUUUUGAUGAUARUCUGCAAACGGGAAUAKUUGGUACUACUGUGGGUACCCUGUGGUAUGUCAAUUGGGCUGAGCGGACCAGCAUAAGACUGGUUAGUGGACAUGCUCAAGAGAUCAAGUCUGUAGUGUUCAGUUCAAGUGAUGACAAGUACUUUGCUACGUGUGGUACAGAUGGAGUGCUUCAUCUAUGGACCACUGAUAACUUAGAACAUCUACAGUUCCAGGUUAUGAACCAGAGCUGUAACUGUGUGGCAUUCUGUCCAAUACCAGAAGCAGCUGCCACAACAAAUGUUGUAAACCAAGGACAGACACUAGCCACAGUGCUUCCACAGACCUCCCCUGAAUCACGUGAUUCCAUCAACCAAUCACAUUGCGUUGCAGGCUACGGAGAUGGCACAGUGAGAAUGUUUGACUUGGGUCGUGUGGAGAUGAUCAUGAAGAUGCAGCCACAUGCGACCGCUGUUACACACAUUGCAUUCUCCCCUGAUGGUUAGUAGACAAACAUCUCAUU